AUGAGAUUCUUUUACUUCUUCAUCUUAUCAAUUCCAUUCUUGGUCAAUUCAUUCUCAUGGAAUCAUAAAAAAUUCAAAUCGGAAGGACUCAUCAAUCUAGAUCAACUCGGUUUAGAAACUCAAGAUGGUCAUAUCAUAGCCUUGGGUGAUUCAAAUGCUGAUCAAUUUCAAGAUUUGUUUAUCCUAAGUCAAGAUCAAAGAUCAAUUCAUCUUUAUCUUUGGAAUAGAGAUCAAUAUCAAUUCUUACCAGUUCAAAACAAUCCUAUCAUCUCUCAUUCAAUCGAUCAAUUUAUCAUCACUAAUAUCAUUCUCACUGAUAUCAAUUAUGAUGGGCGUCUUGAUGUCUUGGUCAUGGGUUCUCAUAAUCCAUCAGGUGCAGCCAAUCAAGUUUUAAAAAUGGAAGUCUGUUAUGGUUUAGAUGGUCAAAACUUUGCUGCUGCUAUUCCUUUACCAUCAUCAUUACUACCUCAUCCUCUAGCCAUCGAUUCACAGGGCACGAUGAAGGUAGAUUUACUCGGUUUACCAUCUAGUUUACCUUCGGUCUUUAAACUAUGGCGUAAUCAAGCCAAUGCUCAAAAUACUACUACACCCUUUGAUAUUGUAGACCUUCCUUUCAAUGGAGAACUUAACUGUAAUUUACCUAAUCCACACAGUAAUUCAUUCAUAGAUCUAGAUGGCGAUUGUUUAGCAGAUAUCUUUUUAACUUGUGAAGAUAGUUUAGGUCAACAAACGUAUCAAAUCUGGAUCAAUCAUCAUUCUCAAGGAUUCUCAUUAUCACGAGAAGGUCUCUUACCUAAAGGUACCAAACAUAUCACUUUUGCUGAUGUAGAUCGAGAUGGGACAAUUGAUAUGAUCUUUGCUACUUGUCCUGAUGAUGAUCAUUGUUCAAUUCAUGUGGCUUAUAAUCAACAAAUCCCAUUAUGUAAAUCUCAUCCUACUUCAACUGAUUCCAAUUGUCGAGAUCCUCAAAACUUGUGCACAGCCGAUCCCAAGUUUGAAUUUUCCUUUGAAUCAAGCGAAUCGGCUUUCAGUUCAUUGCCGAUUGAUCAACUUUUUCCAGAGUUUACAUUAGUGACUAAGAUUUCAUCAGAUGAUUUUUUAGGUACUAGUCCUGUAUCGAUUCAAACUGGAGAUUUUGAUUUAGAUGGGUUUCCCGAUUUAUUGAUCAUGAUCACUCAACAUGGUCCAGAUUCAAGUCGAUCGGCUACACCUCAAUUGUUACGUAGUAUCCCUUGUAGUUUGACAACUUGUACAUCGGCGGAAGUGUCGAGUUCGAGAAGAACGUUUGAAGCGAUGGUGGAUCAUAUGAACCCAUUGACUUCCAUUCAAGAUGCUAAGAGUGUGUUCUUUAUGGAUAUCGAUGAGGAUGGAACAUUAGAUCUGGUGGUUCAAAGAGCUGGAAAAAGUUUGGUUCCUACAAGUAGAUCGGUGACCUUUAUUAAAAAUAAUUUCUUUAAUGAUGCUUUUUUCUUAAAAGCGAUGCUUUUGAAUGGUGCUUGUGAAACUUGGUGUCCUUCACGUGAUGGACAACCUAGGUAUCGUCCUUAUGGAGUGAAUUUUCCAGGAGCAUCGUAUAAGUUCACGAUUCAAGAUACGUUUGGAACAAGAAGGGCUACAGCAGUUGGACAAAUCCCAUUUCAUUCAUACCCAUCACCUACUACACCAUACAGUUUUUUCGGAUUAGGAAGAACGAAUAAUUAUGUCGAAAGUUUGUUUGUAGGAAGUACAAGAACCUCAACAUUGAACAAAGAGGGAGAGAAAGGAAUGAUUAAGAUUGAAGGAGUCUUACCCAAUUCGGAAUUAGUGGUCAAUCCAUUUGGAAUCGAAUGGUUAAAGGAAGUUUAUCUUUUGCCGGGUGAUUGGAUUCCUUGGGUGAUGAUCAGUUUGAUGGUCUUGAUCUUUUUGUUGGGUUUGAUUGUGGGAGUUUUACAUUUUCAUGAAAAGAGAGAUGAUGAAAGGGAAAGAAGGAAGAAAGCUCAUAAGAUCAAUUUUGAUGCUUUGUGA